AUGGGCCGGAGAUUCACGGUCAGGGGGGUGGAUGCGUUUGGAAAGACGAUGGAGGACGUCAAGAUCAAGACGGGUUUCGGCGGAGCAUUGACGCUGGUAUCCCUGUCGUUGAUUCUCGUCUUGACGCUGUACGAGUUUGUCGAUUAUCGACGAGUGCACAUGGACCCCUCUAUCGUUGUCGACCGGUCACGAGGGGAGAAGCUCGUCGUCAAUAUGAACAUCAGCUUUCCUCGCGUGCCGUGCUACCUCUUGAGCGUCGACAUCAUGGACAUCUCGGGCGAGCACCAGAAUGACAUCCACCACGACCUCUUCAAGACGCGCAUUGCGCCGACUGGAACGUUCGUCGAGGAGGCGAUCAAGGGGAAGGAGCUGACGGGCGACGCUGAGCGGGUUGCGCGGCAAAAGGCAGAGGGAUACUGCGGUACCUGCUAUGGCGGCACACCACCUACCGACGGCCCCAAUCCCGGCUGCUGCAACACUUGCGACGAGGUUCGCGAGUCGUACGUACGGCGAGGAUGGAGCUUCGUCAACCCCGACUCGGUCGAGCAGUGUGUAUCUGAGGGCUGGACGCAGAAGAUCAAGGACCAGGCGGAUGAGGGCUGCAACAUCGCCGGCAAGGUCCGCGUCAACAAGGUUAUCGGAAACUUCCACCUCUCGCCCGGACGGAGCUUUCAGACGAACCAGCAGCAUAUCCACGAUCUUGUCCCGUACCUCCAGGGCGGCAAGAAGCACGACUUUGGGCACGAGAUCCACUCGUUCUCUUUCGGCAGCGAGACCGAGGACGAGUUUGUCGGGAUGGGAGGGAAGAAGGCCAAGGACGUCAAGAAGGCGCUAGGGAUCGUUAACCCGCUCGAUGGGAUCAAGGCGCAUACGGAGGAGUCGAACUACAUGUUCCAGUACUUCCUCAAGGUCGUCUCGACCAAGUUCCAGUUCCUCGACGGCCGCGAGCUGAACACGCAUCAGUAUUCGGUGACGCAGUACGAGCGGGACUUGACCAACAACAAGGCGAACGAGAAGCAGGGCGGACAUCAGACGAUGCACGGCUACGCGGGCGUUCCUGGGCUCUUCUUCAACUACGAGAUCAGCCCGCUCCAGGUCAUCCACCGCGAAGACCGCCAGUCCUUCGCCCACUUCAUCACGUCGACGCUCGCCAUUAUCGGCGGUAUCCUCACCGUCGCAGGCCUCGUCGACAGCUUCGUCUACUCCGGCAGUCGUCGGCUGAAGGAGGGAGGAUCGGGACCGAAGGCUGGAUUGGGCUUCGCGUCGGCUCAGGGAAAGAUGCUGUGA